CCUCAUCUUAUCUCAUCAUGUCAUUUCACUGCAUUAUACACAUUUCCACAUUUUCAUAUAUACGUAUACAUGUGCAUGUAUAUAUACAAUGCUAGAUUCGGCGAAACGUCGACGAACUAAAAAAAGGAGAGGGAGAGAGAAGAGGGAGAAAGAGCAAAAUGGUAAAUUUAAAUAUUCCCGGAAGAUUCAGGAGAGUGGCGGCGGCGUUCGACGAGGCGGCGGCGCGUGCACGCACGCCCUGCGACGAGAUCAGCGGGAGCGACCACUCGCCGGAAAACAUGGCGGAUCUGAGGGAUCUGGUCGAGUCUUUCAUGGAGAUAGAUGGGAAACCGACGGCGGCUGAAAAGUUGGAAGAGAACGAUUCCGACCACGACGAUGACUUCGAAGACGUGAAGGAGAGUUUGAGGGGUCUUCUCGGCGGCGGAUUAGACGGAGAGCGGCGGAGGAUAGCGGCGGAGGUGGUGGCUGCUUCUGAGAUCGUUGGAGAGAAGGAAACGAGUUGUUCUAAGAGACAAUUAAUGGAUUUUCUUCGUAACAAGGGGUUUGAUGCAGGUCUUUGCAAGUCACGGUGGGAGAAAUUUGGCAAGAACCCUUCGGGGAAAUACGAGUACGUGGACGUACAAAUCGACGGAUCAGAUCGAAACCGAUACAUAGUCGAACCAAAUAUUUCCGGAGAGUUCCAAAUAGCUCGGCCGACGGAGCGUUACCUCGCCAUGAUAGCCGAGGUGCCACGUGUCUUCGUGGGAACUCCACGAGAGCUGAAACUCUUAGUGAGGAUAAUGUGCAACGAGAUGCGGCUGUCAAUGAAGCACGUGGGGGUUCACGUGCCACCCUGGAGGAGGAACGGUUACAUGCAAGCCAAGUGGUUCGGACACUACAAACGUACCGUUAACGAGGUGACUAGGGCAAAACGUUGCGGUUGCGAUUCGAAACCGCGCGUCGGAUUCGAGGGUUUGGGAGAACCGUUUGCGUUUCACGGUUGUAGGGAAGAGUUACGGAGGGAGGAUGACGGGUUCAAGAUUGGGCGUUUGGCGAUUGCGUUUGGGGGCAAAGGGGUCGAUUUUCAAUGAUUUGAAGUGUAUAUAUAGUGUUAUGGUCAUGAAUUGUUUUCUUGCAUAUUUUAGGGUUUUGAUGUUUAGGGUUCUUUUUUGUAGUUGCGAAUUUUUGUUGGGUUUUAAUUGUAACAGUGUUGCUCAGUGGUUCCGAUCAAAGCGACCGAAUAUAAGCCAUUGGCAUUAAUGGUUGUGUUUUUUCA